CUUACUUCCAUGUUUGCGUUUCUGCUGCUGGAAUUUUCAGACAUCCGAGAACUACAGAUCUUGCACUUCUUCGCAUUCCUUGCAUUGUACCUGAUAGCACUAAUGGGGAAUCUUCUCAUCAUCAUUGCAGUUGCCCUUGAUCACCAUCUACACACCCCUAUGUACUUCUUCCUGAUGAACUUGGCUGUGCUAGACAUUGGUUCACUUUCUGUCAUGGUACCCAAAGCCAUGGCUAUGUCCCUCAUGAAUGACAGGUCAAUUUCUUAUUGUGGAUGCAUUGCUCAGGUUUUCUUUUAUAUAUUCUUUGCAAUGUCAAAUUUUGCUCUUUUAACCAUAAUGGCACAUGACCGCAAUGUUGCUAUCUUCAACCCACUCGAAUAUGAGAGAAUUAUGCACAAAGGAGCCUGCCUUCAGAUGGUAGCCAUUGGAGAGAUGAUCAGUUUUCUUUAUGCCAUCUUACAUGCUUAUAGCACUUUUGCAAUAUCCUUCUGUUCGCAUUCUGUCCAUCAGUUCUUCUGUGAAAUUCCACAGUUACUAAAACUCUCUUGCUCUGAUAGUUACUUAGGUGAAGUUGGGCUUCUUGUCCUAGGCUUUAGUUUAGCACUAGGAUGCUUCAUCUUCAUCAUCGUAACAUACAUGCAGAUCUUUGCUACAGUGCUCAGAAUCCCCUCUGUUCAGAGUCAGAAAAAGGCCCUCUCUACUUGUGUACCUCACCUCAUUGUUGUCUCUGUUUUUAUAGUUAGUGGGCUAUUUGCUUAUGUGAGGCCUUCACUUGAUGCUUCUUCUGGUCUGGAUAUAGGAUUUGCUGUGAUAUAUACCAUAGUUCCUCCCAUGUUGAAUCCAUUCAUCUACAGCAUGAGAAACAAAGACAUCAAGGCUGCUUUAUGGAAAAUAUUAACCUAUGGAGCUUUACUCAAAAACCAUGUUUAG